ACCUGGAAACUAGUUCUUGGUGGCAGGCAACGUUGUAAAGUGUAAACGAACACGAGGAGAGGUCGGAAUAACGCAUUUUUUCUUCAAGAUCGAGUUGAAAUUUCAAAAUAAAGCGAUGGAUAAGCUUGAUAUGUCACUCGAUGAUAUCAUAAAGAUAAACAAGAAGAACAGAGGUGGUUCAGGAUCAAGAGGUCGCGGUAGAAAUAUGUCUAGAGGUGGACCGAUAAGACGUGGCCGAACAAGAAACACACCAUACUCGAGGCAAACUGGCGCUCGACAGUUACCAUACAAAUGGCAACAUGAUCUUUUUGAUGGAAAUGGUGGAGAGAGUAAGCGUCAGUCAGUAGCUGGUGGCUUAUCUACAGGAACCAAACUUCACAUCUCAAACUUAGAUUUUGCCGUUUCAGAGACAGACAUUCAAGAACUUUUCAGCGAGUUUGGUAAGAUGAAGCGAUCGUGUGUUCAUUAUGAUGCAUCAGGCCGAUCACAUGGAACUGCGGAAGUUGUGUAUCAGAAUCGGAAUGAUGCUUUGAGUGCUAUCAAACAGUAUAAUGGUGUACCUCUUGAUGGCCGACCAAUGAAGAUUGAAAUAGUUGCAGAUGUAAAAAAUUCACAAAUGCAACGUCCAUUUUACAAUGAAAGACGUCAGACUGGUGGCGGUUUCCGUGGACGAAGAGGUUCUGGCGGUGGACGUAGAGGAUUUGGAAGGGGUCGAGGUGGUGGAAACCGCAAAAUGAAAACAGCAGAGGAGUUAGAUGCAGAACUGGAUGAGUACAAUGCUAAGGUUGAUUCAGAUCAAUGGGACCUAUAAAGAGAUGUUUCUCUGAUGGUUUUUUUUAAUGAUAAACAUGUGGUACUUAGUCUUGAGCAUCUACAUCACUUCAGCUCUAUUUACUGUGUUAUUGUUAUAAUUCAAUUUUACGUGAAGUCAUGUUUGUUAUUGAACACUUAAAAAGAAUUUAACUUCCUCUGUAAUCUUGACUAUGUACUCCUUAGCAUAUAUCACUGUUAACUCUGUGCUUGUGAUAAUUUGGUUGAAAUCGUCAUUUUUUUAUAUGACACUGCAUUAUUCUAAAAACAUUGCCUUUGGAUUCUUUUAGUCAUGCAUACUAACAUAAAAAGUAUUGAUAGUUUUACUGAUGGAAGAAGUUUGUAAAUAUGUCCUAUGUAUCUUGUGAUGAAACAAUAGAAUUUUAGAUUAAAUCA